AUGAGCAGCUAUCAACUGACUUUGAUUUUCGGCACCGUCUUUCUGUUUGCGUUGGCAAGUGGCACCACCCAACCGCCGAGCACCAGGCGACCGCCGAGCACCACCACCACCGGUCGUACGACGCCCAGGAGAUGUCCGCUCUUCCCAGAGGUCUGCUCGAGGAACAGUCCCAAGGUCUGCGGAAGGACUCCGCGGGGAGAGUGCCAGCGAUUCGAGAACAUCUGUCAUCUGAUGCUGGCCAAUGUGCUCCGCUCGCCGGAGGGAGUGAGGCACACCCGCGACCUUGACUGUCGCAAUGUGAAGGGUGAGGGCCCAGCCAACCGAAGACCCUGCUACAAUCCCUGCCCCCCACGACCCGUCGUCUGCCCGAGGACGCCGAAUCCCAGUCAGCAUAUCUGCGUGAGGAGCCGCAACAACCGGCAGUGCAAGGUGCUGGCCAACAAUUGCCAGUUGCGCAACCAGAACUGCCACAGUCAGCCCAAGAACAACUGGCUCCGCACCGAUAAGAGGCGCUGCGGCCAGCUGCAAUUAGGCGACAAGCCGCAGAAUUGCAUCAGGGUGCCAGUUAGACCAAGACCCAGGACCACACGCCGUCCCACACGCACCACGCGCACUCCACGAACCACCACACCGCGCUCAACAUCCACCUCCACCACGGCCAGGUCGGUCUGA